GAAAAAAUUAAAAAUUGCUGAAUUUCGAUAAGGAGGCCUUAUCGAUUCAAAAUUGUAUUUGAUAAGACAAUAUAAGAAUGUUUGCUCAAUAAAGUGGUGGGAGUGACUAAAAUACCUUGCCUUUUUUUAAAUCAAUAUUUACAUCAUACAUGCGCAGUUGACAAUUGAAUUGACAUGCGCUGUAAACAAAGCUGACCUAUCUAGGUGUCUAUUUCUUUUAGGCUUAAGAAUAGAGUUCAUUUUUGCUACGCAAUAACAAUUAACAGUAGCUGCUCAGAACUGCUUAACGCUGUCAAAGCGCUGCAACCUUGGACAAGGAAGUUAGAAAGAUUUUAUGUAGUAUCCGUUAGGGUGUUGCAAGGGAGGGUUGUGAAUAUGACUGGGGUGGAUGAAAUAUUAAAUUAUGAAAAGAGUUCUGAUGAUGAUUUCUACGGCGUGCUGGGCUGCGACGAAACCUCUACAGUGGAGCAAAUUACUGCUGAAUACAAAGUGAGGGCCUUGCAAUACCACCCAGAUAAGAAUGGUGGUGAUAAAGAAGCAGAGGCUAUGUUCCAGAAGCUAAAGGAGGCAAAAGAAACAUUAUGUGACCCCAGCAGGCGUUGUCUGUAUGAUAAAUGGAAGAACAGCGGAAUCUCAAUGGGAUAUAAGCAGUGGCUGGGAAUGAAAGAGCAUGUGCAACAGUCAAUGCACUGGUCUAAGCCCAAAACCAAGGACCGCAUGCUAGAAGAUGACUCCGCUAGAUCAUCUGGACCAUCCAGCCUCGGUCCAACAAAUGCAGCUGCUCGCAGGGCCUCAGAGGGUGGAGCCAAUCUGUGGGGACGCUUUGGUGCGGGCAACCAGGAACCGCCAUCUGACGUCGUUUCGAAAUUUCGCAACUAUGAAAUUUAAAUAACACAGUUUCCACUGUGAAUUAUUAUGUUUUACAAUGCUUUAUUAUUUACAUUAUAUAAUUUAUUUUUAAGAUACAAAUAUUUGUGUUGUAAGACUAUCACGGUCGCAGUAACUUAGUGAUUAGUUGAUAGAUUAUAGCUUAAUCUUAAGUCAGGUCAGCUCGGAACGGCAUUUCUCGAAUGUUGCUCGAUGUUUUGGUGUUUAGUAUUUUCAAUGUUUUUAUUAAUGCUCGGUGUUAGAUGGCCCUGUUAAAGAUAUCUGAAUGUUUUAGAUAACCCUUAGCUUUAAGCUCUGCACAUUCCUUAUAAGUCUGAUUAUGACAUUCAACUAUUCCGACAUAUUAUUAUCUAUAUAAGAAUCUUUUAUAUUUUGAGAAUUUAUAUUUUUACCCUCUUUUUAUGACUAUUUUAUUACUAAUAAUUGUAUUACAAUUCCUACUGGUUGGAGAUGGGCAUGAUAUGAUGUUGUGAUUUUACAGGGUAUUGCGAUGAUGAGGAAGAUUGGAUUAUGUUUGACAUAAUAAUAUAUUCUCUUUUACAUUGUUUUUUUAUUUUUUUUUAAUAUAAGUAUAUUUUAAUGAUCCUAUAUUGAUGUUGUCUUCCUUACUAGAGUUUAUUAAAAUAAGAUCAAUUUAACAGUAUUUAUGUGUUUGAUAUUCAUUGAUGUUGUUAUAAAUGUUAGGUAUUUAUGUAUUCAAAGAACAAUCUAGAUGUCUCAAAUAGUCUCGAUGAAUCUCAUAUGUAAUUUGUUUUAUCUGGAUCAAUAAAGUGAUGAAAAUGCA